GCGACUUCGGCUGGUAUGUCCUCACCGCGGCGGACCCGGAGGAGAAGAAGAAGAAGCUCAAUGCGGAGCUUGCAAACGGUCGGCUGGCCAUGAUGGCCAUCAUCGGCAUGUUCUAUCAGGAUGGCCUCACAGGCUCCGCCUGGGGCGACUGGGCCAACUACACGGAGUCGCCCCUCCGUGCCUUUGAGGAUGAGACCGGCGUGCAGCCCCCCGUCGGGUUUUGGGACCCUCUGGGACUUGCCUCUAGCGGCAACAUGGCUGACUUCUCCCGCCGACGCGAGGUGGAACUGAAGCAUGGCCGCGUGGCCAUGUUCGCGACCAUUGGUUACAUCCUCCCGGAAUACUGGCGCUUCCCUGGCUACCUCUCCAAGUACCUGGACAUCAAGUUCGCAGAUGUCCCCAACGGCCUCAGCGCUUUCAGCAAGGUCCCUGCCUUCGGCUGGCUGCAGAUCGUGGGCUUCGCAGGAAUCGUGGAGGUGAACAUCUACAACGAGCAGGUCAACAACGAGCCCGGCAACUACGGCGCCGGUUUCCUGGGGCUGAGGUCUGUGGGUAUCAUGAACACCGGCAUCACGGAUCCGGAGGCCCGUAAGAAGAAGCUGAAUGCGGAGCUUGCCAACGGCCGACUGGCCAUGAUGGCCAUCAUCGGUAUGUUCUUCCAGGAUGGCCUCACCGGUUCUGCAUGGGGC